AAAAGUUAUAGCACGAACCUUGCUUAUACACCUCCUGAGUAUUUAAGAAAUGGAAGAGUUACUCAAGAAAGUGUUGUUUUCAGCUAUGGAACUGUCCUUUUGGAUCUGCUAAGUGGAAAACAUAUUCCUCCUGGUCAUGCACUAGAUAUGAUACGGGGCAAAAACAUUCUUCUAUUAAUGGAUUCACAUUUGGAGGGAAAUUUCUCGACAGAAGAGGCAACCGUUGUAUUUGAUCUGGCUUCACGCUGCUUGCAGUAUGAACCCAGGGAGCGACCAAAUACCAAAGACCUCGUUUCAACACUUGGUCCAUUGCAAAGUAAACCUGAUGUCGCAUCUCAUGUAAUGUUGGGUAUUCCUAAGCCUGAGGAAGCUCCGCCAACUCCACAGCACCCUCUUUCUGCAAUGGGUGAUGCUUGUUCGAGAAUGGAUCUCACAGCUAUUCAUCAGAUUUUGGUAAUGACACAUUAUAAAGACGAUGAAGGGACAAAUGAGUUGUCUUUCCAAGAGUGGACUCAACAGAUGAGGGAUAUGCUAGAGGCAAGAAAGCGGGGAGACUUGGCAUUUCGGGACAAGGACUUUAAAACUGCCAUAGAUUGCUAUUCUCAGUUCGUAGAUGUGGGAACAAUGGUGUCUCCAACUGUCUAUGCACGAAGAAGUCUUUGUUAUCUCAUGUGUGAUCAACCAGAUGCCGCCCUUCGAGAUGCAAUGCAAGCACAAUGUGUCUACCCAGAUUGGUCUACUGCAUUUUACAUGCAAGCAGUUGCACUCUCCAAGCUAGACAUGCACAAAGAUGCAGCUGACAUGUUGAAUGAAGCUGCAAUUCUCGAAGAGAAAAAACGAAGUGGAAGAGGAUCUUGAUCUUGAUAAUACCCGACUUGUAUCAUUCUUUUGGUCCUAUCAUUUAUUCUUGUCACCAAAAAAUUAGCCUAAAGUUCUUGUAUCAUUUGUUUGAGUGUGAUUGCCUUAGAACUAUGUAUGACAAAGGAAGAGAAUCAUUUGCUUGGUUGGUAAAUGCGCAUGUCAAGUUUUUCA